UUCCUUCCAUCCAUUCCAUUUCAUUCCAUCCUCUCUCUCUCUCUCUCUCUGUGUUGUCGGUCGUUGUAGUUUGAAUCUGAAUCUUUGAAAUUGUUGGUGAAAGACAACAUACGUAGUUGCAGGUGGAAGCAAAGAUGCCCAAACAAGGUGGAAAUCGAAAAAGGAACGAAUCGUUCUUGACUCGGUCGGUCAACUCAGUUUUCGCUUUCGUUCGAUUCGCUGAGUUCGAGAUCCUCUUCGUUCUCUUCUUCCUUGUAGCUUUUAUCAUCUUCAAGGAUCUGACAGCAAGACCGGAAUACAAUCAGAUCCUUGUGAAAAAGCCCGGUGGACCUGAUUGGUGGUCUGACUAGGGCUAAGGCAGGCCUCAAAUGGAGAAUUGUCUCAUCUCAUCUCAUGUCUGGAUGGUUUUUUUUUUCAAUUUUUCUCUUGAAAAGUUUGUACAAGUGAAGGUUAUGUAUCCAGAUCACAUUUUUUACUGGUGCAUUUACUGUGUGUGUAAGAAAGUUAUAAAAUGUUCCAUUAGUUGGCCCUAAUGUUUGUUUCUUCAUGAAACUGAGUUGAAUAUUGUCCAAACCCACCUUUUUAAGAUUGGAAAUAUAACAUUUUGCUUUGUAGUAA